AAUAGGAGUGGUUGAACCAUGUGAGAUCAUUUAAUCACGUCUCCUUAGCUUCUCUCUCUCAGUCUCUCUUUUUCAGAAGGUCGCUGCUCGGAGCUUGGGAAGAAGAAGAGCAGAAAUUCCGGCCGGCCAUAAAUCGGCCUCUCUCAAUUAACAGCUAUGGAUAAUGGCAUAAGUGAAAGGCUGCUCAGUUCUGAAGUAGAGAAGACAAAUGAUGAUCUGAAAGUUAGGGUAUACGAUGAAUCAAGGAAGAUAUGGAGAGUUGCAUUGCCUGGUGUACUCUCACGGGUGGCUUCAUUUGGAAGCAUAAUAGUGACACAGUCAUUCAUUGGCCACAUCGGCGAACUUGAUCUUGCUGCUUAUGCGCUUGUUCAAACUCUCACUGUCCGAUUUGUGAAUGGAAUAUUGAUAGGAAUGUCGAGUGCAACAGAGACUCUAUGUGGGCAAGCAUAUGGAGCUGGGCAGUAUCAUAUGAUGGGAAUUUACUUGCAAAGGUCAUGGAUUGUUGAUUUCAUCACAUUGACAGUCCUGCUCCCCUUUUUCAUCUUUGCUACCCCAAUCUUCAAACUUCUUGGACAGGAAGAAUCCAUUGCAGAUGCUGCUGGAUAUGUUUCUUAUUGGUUCAUUCCUGUCGUCUACAACUUCGUAUUUAGCUUGACCAUACAAAUGUAUCUACAAGCACAACAAAAGAACAUGAUCAUUGCGUGGCUAUCUGUCGCGCAAUUUGUCAUCCACAUCCCGCUCUCUUGGUUGUUAGUUUACCAAUUCGAGUUUGGGGUCCCGGGUGCAAUGAUUGCCCACAUUUUUGGCGGCUGGUGCCCAAACACAUGGAGGGGAUUUACAAUGGAUGCCUUAAAAGAUAUAUUCCCUGUUGUGAAGCUCUCCAUAUCAUCAGGAGUUAUGGUUUGUUUGGAGCUAUGGUACAAUGCUGUAUUAGUCCUACUAGCUGGAUAUAUGAAGAAUGCAGAGGUUGCCAUAUCAGCCUUCUCCAUCUGCCUUAACAUUAAUGGAUGGGAGUUCAUGAUUAGCCUAGGCUUCCUCGGCGCUGCUUGUGUACGUGUCGCAAAUGAACUUGGAAGAGGGGAUGCCAAAGCUACGCGAUUUUCUAUCAAAGUACUCGUAUCUACUUCGAUUCUAGUUGGAUUAUUCUUCUGGAUUUUGUGCCUGGCAUUUGGGAGCAAAAUUGGAUACUUGUUUACCAACGAAAAGGAGGUUGCAGAUGCCGUGUCAGAACUCUCUUUGCUGCUUGCAUUCUCUGUAUUGCUCAAUAGCAUUUAUCCAGUGCUCUCAGGUGUGGCAGUUGGAGCAGGCUUACAAAGCACAGUUGCAAUUAUAAACCUGUGUUGCUAUUAUCUUAUUGGAAUUCCGAUUGGUGCUGUGCUUGGCUAUGUAGCUAAUCUUGAAGUGCAGGGUAUAUGGCUUGGAAUGAUUUGUGGGGUGGUCACUCAAUCAAUUGCCUUGUGCUACAUGACAUGGAGAACAGAUUGGGAUAAUGAGGUGGCAAAGGCUAAACAACGCCUCCAGAAGUUUUACUUGAAGUCUGACGAGUCUAAUCAGCUAGCUUGAGGAUCGGAACAAUAAAAAAUAUUAUAAAAAUUUUGUUCUCUUUAUGCAAAUUUCUUAACCAUUUAAUAAGGAAUAAAAGAUUCAAGGUUAUUAGUUCGAUAUUAAAUUCAUUUGGUAUUAUUUA